AUUUCUCUUGUCUUUCUUUAUUAAAUGAUUAUUCUUAUUUUUACUUGUUAUGCAGCACUUUGCUCGUUGCUUCAGUGUGGGGUAGAAAUGCAGCGACAGAAUCAGGAGCGGCAGUGAGGCCGAUAGCAGAAACUCAGUCUGCAGCUCGAACGUCUCAGGCUGAUUAUUUAUAACCAUCAUAAACCAAACAUAACCAGAUUCAAGCUGCACAAGUUUCAUGAAGGUCAGUGCAGCUCACAGCUGACUCACAAACCGUGAAUAAGACACGAGAAGAACAAAUCCAACAAAAUAAAGAAAAGACACAAAUAAACUAAACUAGGAACAAUGUGCAGUAAUCAAUAAGCUCUGAUCAGCAGGUGGAAGAAGCUUUCAGAUCCAUUCAAACCUGCAGCGUUUUUAUUUACUGGUGAGACGAAUCAGGAUCCACAGUUUGGUUAAAUACACACAAACGAAGAAUGUGACAUCACAUUUGCACUGGCAUGUUUUUUUAAAUACAGAUGUUAAUAAUGUGCGUGACGAUGACUCAUUGUACCAUCUGCUGGUGCAAAUCGGUAUUACACAAAAGUCAAACUGUAUCUGAAGAUAAAGUUUCACAAACUGAGCGCGCGGCUCUGUUCACAUCAUACAUGCUUCCCUCAGGCUGGAUCAUCAUAGCAAACAUUUCUACUGCUAUGCUGAUGACACCCAGCUCUCUGUCCGUGAAGCCAGAUAACACACAUCAGUUAAACUGCAGGUCUUAAAGAUUCCUGCAGCUGCUGUCAGCUGUUCUUCUGUGGUGAAUGACUGAAGCUCUUCGGCUGUAGAGCGUCCGGAUGCUUCGGGAAACAAGCUGAAGGAGCUGGAAGCAGCCUGGGACGUCUGCUCGAGGUCACAAACAUGAAGUGUGUCGCAUGGGCAUCCUCAGCUGUUGUUUGUGUGUCUGCAUCGCGUUCGGUGCUUCUCACGCUGCAUGUUUCAUCAGGUUAAUUCAAGCGAAUGACUGAAGCUGUUUCAGGGAAACAUGAAAGAAAUAACCUCUGUGGAUUCCUGCAGACUUCCCCUCGGGUUUUCUCUCAUCUUGCUCGUACUCUACCUUUGUGGGUUUGUCUCUGCACAGCGCUCUGAUUGGUCGAUGCGCUGAGAGGGGCUGUCCCGUCACAGCGGGUUGAAGCUGGGAGAGCAGUGAGCUUCGCAUCAGUUUUGAGUCAGAGGCGUUAGACGAGGGACAGGAAGUCGAACGAGAAACCAGCAAAAAGACAGAAAAGAGAGCAAAGAGGAAGCAGAGCGGAGCCGGACGCCCGGCUGUGACAGAGCGCCGUUCACAGCUGUAACCUCUGCAGGAUGACUGAAGCCCAGUUCAUCGGCGGCUACGAGCACGACCUGCAGCAGUUCAUGCCGUACGACUAUAUUCCAGUGGACAUAAAGACAGAGCCCUUCAUGCCUGAGACAGCUCACGGCCCGUACAUUCAGAUCAUCGAAGAGCCCAAACAGAGGGGAUUUCGUUUCCGUUAUGAGUGCGAGGGUCCAUCACACGGCGGGCUCCCGGGGGCCUCCAGCGAGAAGAACAAGAGAACGUACCCCACAGUGAGGAUCAAUAACUACGUGGGUCUGGCCCGGGUCGAGGUCCAGCUAGUGACGCACACCGACCCUCCUCGCGUCCACGCCCACAGUCUGGUUGGACGCCACUGCGUCGAAAACGGCACCUGCACCAUCGACAUUGGCCCCAACGACCUCACCGCCUCGUUCAGCAACCUGGGGAUCCUCCAUGUGACCAAGAAGGGUGUGGUUGAAGUUCUGACCCGGAGGCUGAGAGAAGAGAAGAAGCGGCUCAAAGGGCCGCACUGUCACCUGACAGAUGUCGAGGAGUCGGCCAUCGUGAAGGAGGCCAAGGAGCUAGGGAAGACGAUGGACCUGAACAUCGUCAGGUUAAAGUUCACCGCCUACCUGCAGGACAGCACCGGCGCCUUCACCCGAGCGCUGAAGCCCGUCGUCUCCAACCCCAUCUACGACAGCAAGUCUCCCAACGCCUCCAACCUGAAGAUCUCCCGCAUGGAUAAGACGUGCGGCUCGGUGCUCGGAGGAGACGAGAUCUUCUUGCUCUGCGACAAAGUCCAGAAAGAUGACAUCGAGAUCCGGUUUUACGAGGAGGACGAGGACGGAUGCUGGGAGGCAUUUGGGGACUUCUCACCUACGGACGUCCACAAACAGUACGCCAUCGUGUUCAAAACGCCGGCCUAUCACAGCACAGAGAUCGAGCGGCCCGUCACCGUCUUCCUGCAGCUGAGGAGGAAGAAGGCGGGCGACAGCAGUGACCCCAAACAGUUCACUUACAUCCCGCAAGUCCUAGACAAAGAGGAGGUGCUGAGGAAGAAGCAGAAGCCGCUGCCUCACUAUGAGCACUGGAGAGGAGGAAGAGGAGGAGGAGGAGCCGGGGGAUUUGGUGGAUCAGGAGGAGGAGGAUUUCAGUUCCACCAGGAGAUGAAUGGAGCCGGGGGAGGAGCAGGAACGGGAGGGUUUUUUAAUGUCUCUUUCUCUGGCUUCGGUAAUGGGGGAGGGGCUCAGAUGUCAGGCUCCGCCCCUCAGUCAGGUGCUGCUCAGCAGCAGCAGCAGACCGACAGACAGACAGGAGGACAGAGCGACUCGCCGCUCCGUCAGCAGCUCCUUCAGAUCGCUGCUGCCCUCAACAGCAGAGUCUCUCAGAGCGCCCGGCAGACCGCCACCGCCCUGCUGCAGUACUGCAGCACUGGAGACGCUCGCGUCCUCCUCGCCAUCCAGAGACACCUGUGUGGCAUCCAAGAUGGAAACGGAGACACACCUUUACACCUGGCCAUCAUCCAUCAUCAGACAGGUGUGAUCCAGCAGCUGAUCCACACUCUGCUCAGCAGCCAGCAGCAAGGCAUCAUCAACACAGCCAACCACCUCCAGCAGACUCCCUUGCACCUGGCGGUGAUCACACGGCAGGUGAAGGUGGUGGAGGUGCUGCUGAAGGCGGGGGCUGACCCCAGCCUGGUGGACAAAGAUGGCCGUACCCCCCUCCACCUGGCGGCGCUGGCCGGGGACCACAACAUUCUUCGCUUCCUGCUGGCUCACCUGGGAGAAUGCCACGCCCACCUGGUCAACAUGCCUGAUUUCCACGGCCUCCACCCACUUCACCUGGCUGUGAGGAGGGACGGCGAGCGCUGCCUGCGUCUGCUGGUGGAGGGCGGAGCCAAAAUAAACGAGCCUGAGCAGAAGAGCGGGAACACCGCCCUCCACCUGGCCGUCAGAGAAAACCUGUUCAAGGUGGCCUGCCUGCUCAUCACCGAGCUCCGAGCUGACGUUAACGCCUGCACGUUUGGAGGAAACACGCCGCUCCACCUAGCCGCAAGCCUCAGCUCGCCGACCUUCUGCUCCAUGCUCAUCGCUGCAGGUGCUGAUAAGUCCAUCGAGAACGAUGAGCCGCUCUUCUUCAGCUCCUCCUCCUCAGACGAUGAAGAUGAACCAAUCAGAGAAGAAGAGAAAGAGCGAGAGGUCGCCCCAAAGACAUCCAAUCCCCGCAAGAGACCUGCAGGAGGCCACACCCCCCUGGACCUGGCUAAAUGCCAAAAGGUCAGGAAAGUGUUGUCGCCAUCUAAGAGUCCGAAGUCGGAUCGCCGCGGCAGCGGGAACAUCAGACCGACGACCAGCAGCACUGAAGAGGUGGAGCGCGCGGGGCUCGACGAGGACACGCUGUCACGGCUCGUGAACGUGCUGAGCGUCGGCGACGUCCCCUGGAAGAAACUGGCGGAGAAGUUGGGCAUGAUGACGCUGACUCACCUGUACCAGGACAGUCCGACGCCCUGCCGCCAGCUGCUGCGCCAUUACAAGCUGGGUGGAGGUGCAGUCGAAGGCCUGGUUGAAGCUCUGCAGUCUCUCGGUCUGACAGAAGGAGUCCGACUGCUGAGGAACGCCGAGCUCCGAGACGACAAACACAACACAGACGUCACUGUCGACAGCGGCUUCGGCAGCCAACCAAUGGAGGACGUGGAGCCGCCCGCGGGCGUGCAGUGACGAGUGCGUCACGAGCACCAUCCUUCUGCGAUCCAUCAGAAACCUGCAGCGGGUUUCAGAGAUCGGACUGUAAACGUUUGCUUCCUGUAGGAUCGAGACGAACAUUUGAAAUCCAGCUCAGCGAAUCAAGAUGAAGUUUUUUAUAAAACAAAUACAGAGGAUGGACGAAUCGACGCUGAAACUGUACCAUAGAUCUCAGAGCGUGCUCUUUUUAACUUAUGUUUCAUUUUCCUGUAAUAAUUUCACUUUAUUAAAGAGUAUGUGUGUUGUGUCAAUAACCUUUUUGAAAAGUUGGGUGGAUGAAAUGAUCAAUAAAUCUGUUGUUUCACUUUCA